UGUCUUGGAGAUUCCGCUCUGCUGCAGCUGGCGGGCUGACCCUGGCUGGGAACAGCGCGGGGCCCAGAGUAGGUGGGCGCCGAGGCCCCAGCGCACCAGGGAAGCUGAGGUCGUGGGGCCGGCGCUUUCUCCCGUCUCCCGCCGCGCUCCUGGGGCUGGCGGCGUUCCCUGGGCGGAAGAACAGGUUUGAAACAAAUCUGUAUUCAUGAAGAGUGACUGCAUGCAAACCACAACAUGUCAAGAAAGAAAAAAUGAUCCAAUAGAAAUGCUUCAUUCUGGGCAGCUGGUAAAAGUCUGCGCCCCAAUGGUGCGAUAUUCAAAGUUGGCUUUUAGAACACUGGUAAGAAAAUACAGUUGCGAUCUGUGCUAUACGCCAAUGAUAGUUGCUGCUGAUUUUAUCAGAUCUAUAAAAGCCAGAGACAGUGAAUUUACCACAAACCAAGGUGAUUGCCCAUUGAUUGUUCAGUUUGCUGCUAAUGAUGCAAGAAUUUUGUCUGAUGCUGCUCGUAUAGUCUGUCCUUAUGCGAAUGGAAUAGACAUUAACUGUGGCUGUCCUCAGAGGUGGGCAUUGGCAGAAGGUUAUGGAGCUUGCUUAAUAAACAAUCCAGAGCUUGUUCGAGACAUGGUGAAACAAGUAAGAAAUCAAGUGGAAAAUCCCAGAUUUUCAGUAUCUAUUAAAAUAAGGAUCCAUGAUGACCUUACAAGAACUGUAGAUCUUUGUCGAAAGGCUGAAGCGACAGGGGUUUCCUGGAUUACAGUCCAUGGCAGAACUGUUGAAGAAAGGCAUCAGCCAGUUCACUAUGAGGCCAUUAAAAUAAUUAAGGAAAAUAUGUCUAUACCUGUAAUUGCUAAUGGAGACAUCAGAAGCUUAAAAGAAGCAGAAAAUGUGUGGCAUAUUACUGGGACAGAUGGUAAGAAAUAAUUACUUUAGGUGUGAAGAAAAAAAAUGACACUUCAAUGGGCGGCAGUUGCAACUUUUCUUUACGCUGAAAUAGGACUCAUUUUAAUCUUCUGUCUACCUUUUAUUCCUCCUCAGAGAUGGCAGAAGAUUUUUUCAUUUAGCGUCUGGGGUAAAAUUGCAACUUUCUGGAACAAGGCUUUCCUUACUAUUAUAGUCCUAUUGAUUGUUCUGUUUCUAGAUGCUGUGAGAGAAGUAAGAAAAUAUUCCUCAACUCAUGCCAUUGAAAGCAGCUCAGCCAGCAGACCUGCUGCCUAUGAACAUACACAGAUGAAACUUUUUAGGUCUCAAAGAAAUCUUUACAUUACUGGAUUUUCAUUAUUUUUCUGGCUAGUGUUGAGACGUCUGGUUACCCUUAUUACUCAGCUGGCAAAAGAGCUGUCAAACAAAGGAGUACUUAAAGUUCAAGCAGAAAAUACUAACCAGGCUGCCAAAAAAUUCAUGGAAGAGAAUGAAAGACUAAAACGGCUCGUGAAAAACCAUGGCAAGGAAGAAGAACACAUUUUGGAAGCGGAAAAUAAAAAACUAGCAGAAGAUAAGGAAAAACUGGAAACUGAAUUAAAGAAGGCUUCAGAUGCCCUUUCUAAGGCACAAAAUGACAUGACGGUGAUGAAGAUGCAAUCAGAGAGACUUUCGAAAGAAUAUGACCGGCUCCUGAAAGAACACUCAGAACUUCAGCAUUCUAGCUGGGGUAAAGUUUUAAGCCAAAGAUUGAGCCAUAAAAACAGCAGCAUUGGAAACCAGACUGGUUCUGGAAAAGGAUCGUGCAGGGAAAGGCAAUAAGAAAGGCCUGUGAACUUUAUGAAAGAAGACUGUGAUACACCAUGUCAAGAGGAUAAAUUUGUUAUCAUGUUAGCCUCUAGAAAACUUAAAGUUCAGUUCAGAAAAACAAACUGUCUAUGACCAGCCAAUAUUUUUUUAAUGCCACACACAUAGGCUAUUGUCAUAAUGGCAUUAUCACAAUAUUUGAUGAUGUUUCAGAUAUAUUGUAAAGUCUGUAUUCUAGCUCUCAAGUGAAAUAUAAGCAUGUUAAACACCUUAUCUAGAUAUAGUAACACUGGUGUAUGGUGGCUGUUUACCAAUAAAAGGAGAAAUUCAUUAGCCACUUACUUCCAAACUUAGAUUUUUAAGUUGCAUGAAACCAUUAAAUAACCUUAAAAGCUUUGAUGAAUUUCCAAUAAUAAUACUACUCUUACUUAAUCAGACGAUGGUGUAUUUGAAAAUAGUAUUCAGUAUCAGCAAGUUUGUUCAUAGGGAGAUUAACUAAGGAUAAAUGAUUAGAAGUAGCUACUAUAUUUAUAGGUAAGAGUCAUAAAGAGCAAAAAAUAAAAACAGUGACCUUAAGUUUUAUUUUUUUAAGCCUGAUGGUACUGCAGUUGACUGUCAUAAAACAACUAUAUUGAUAAUUAUAUUUUCGUUACUGUGCUUCUGCACCUGUUGGGGAUUAUUUUUGUUGACAUUUGUGUUACUAACACAUAAUUAGUAAAGAUUCUGCUUUUUUAAAGUUCAUCUGGGAAUGGAGUUUACAUCUAUUUGCAUAACUGCCACAGCACUGAACUGAAAUUAUUUUACAACAACGUGGAAUUCUUGACUUGGAAAUGUAUAAUGUAUCCAAAAAGCAGUGUUUCCCAUUGCUGUGAGAGUUGCUAAUUAUACAAAUAUUACCUCAAAUAUACACACAGUGGCGUCACAGUUUUGCCAAGAUGUUUCUGUAUUCUGAAAGCUAAAUAUUAAAUAACUGUUUUUCCAUUCAAAUAUUCCAUUUAGUUUCCUUUAGGAGAGGAUGAUUGUAUAUUAAUGCGAUUUAGGUUGUUCCAGUGUUUAGACUUGAAAAACCAUCUUCCUUGUCUCUAAAUAUAAAAGAAAAUGGAAAAUAA